AUGGACAACGCACCUUAUCACAGCCGUCGUGUGGAAAAAAUACCGACUUCUGCAUCUCGAAAGGCAGAUAUAAUAGAUUGGCUAAGAAGUAAAAAUAUAGAUUUUGAUGAAUCCAUGAUAAAGGUUCAAUUACUUGAUAUAGUGCGGGAACAUAAGAGUUCAUACAUCAGAUUUGCAGUAGACGAAAUGGCACGUGAGAAUGACAUCACCGUAUUAAGAACUCCACCAUAUCAUUGUGAAUUGAAUCCCAUCGAGCUGAUAUGGGCAAAAAUAAAAAAUGAGGUAGCGCAAAAGAAUACAACCUAUAAAUUAAAAGAUGUCAAAUUAUUAUUAGACCAAGCCAUACAAAAUAUAACCGCUUCCAACUGGCAGUCAUGCAUUACACAUACACAGAAAGAAGAAGAUAAAAUGUGGGACGUAGACACGCGUGUUGAUGUUCUUAUCGAGCCCAUUAUCAUUACUCCAGGAGAAGACAGUAGUGAUAGUGAAUUAACAAUAGAUUCAGAAUAA